GGAAGUGGGGAAGGGAAAAAAGGUGAUACAUGUCAAAUUUUUCAAGGCUGCACUGUGAUGAUUCCAUUUUUUUAGCAACGUGAUAACGAUUGCAACAAAUAAUUCAGUUUUCUACGCAGAACGUAACCAGUUUCAAGUGUUUGGAUGUGAAAUAAGUGUGCUCGAGCGGUAAUCGGCGCCGCACAUAACCAAGACUGGUAACAAGUCACAACAAAGGUUUCCGAUUUGCUCAAGAUGGGUUAUUAUUGCACGGUACCACAAUGCACAUCGCUCGCCGGCAAGACGAAAAACGUGAAGUUUCACCGAUUUCCGCGCGAUGAGAACAUGGCUGAUAAAUGGAAUCUAAUUCUGAAACGCGGCAAACCUUACACGAAGUAUUCCAAAGUUUGCAGUCUCCACUUCACCCAGGCAGAUUAUAACGUCACAACUAUGGGUAAGACUAAAGGGCAAUGGAAGACCCUCAGCAAAGACGCGGUCCCGUCACAGAACCUGCCCAAACUGAACGCUGAUGGCACAGUCAUGGUGAUCAGGAAAAGCCGCACCGUCAAGUAUAGGGAGAGCAAAAAGGAUGAUAUCAUCGAUAAGUCGGAUAAGUGGUCACUGCCACACCACCACCACGCGUUAACGCAAGACGCGGCAGUCAACAGCGGAGAAAUGGCAGACGUUAAUCUAGCCUACCGUCUUCAGACUCUCAGCGCGAUCGCCCACACGAUAUCCCCACAACAGCCCCCAAUGCCCCACAAUGCGCCUCAUCACCCCAAGCCAAAGAAACAGGACGCCAUCAUGCAAACUGACCCUGUGCAGUCCGAAGAAGAUGAUACACAAGGCUUUGAAGACAAGCCUUUAGAAGUAGACUACCAGAACUACAAAGAACAGAGCCAAUACGCAAAAGAUACGUAUCAAAAAGACGCAUUCCCAAAAGAUACGUAUCAGAAAGAGGCGUUCCCAAAAGAUACGUAUCAGAAAGACGCGUUCCCAAAAGAUACGUAUCAGAAAGACGCGUUCCCAAAAGAUACGUUCCACAAAGAUACAGAGAAAUACGACACGCCUAAAGACUACACCAAAACAGAAGAUGAUUACAUACCUCAAACGAACGAGGAAUACAAUAACGAAGCCGAAAAAUACGCGCUAGAAAGAAAAUCGCACAACGGGUACGAAAAACCGUUAGAAUCGUACCCCAAAUCGAUGGAAUCGUACCCGAAAAUGGAUUUGUACCCGACGUUCAGUGAUAAAGGGUACAGCAACCGUCCGGAUGCGUGGUACCAGAACGGAUAUCCGGAUAGCGUGGAUAUACUAAGGAAUCAACAGCAGAAUCUUCAAAUGUUGCAGGAACAACACAGGGUUACUGAGAAUCAGAACUUUUUCAAUGAGAAUCAUAUAAAACAAGAGAUAGAUAUAAAUGUCGAGGAAGACAAGUUUUUGUACGAGCGGACUAAGGACCAAUUGGAUGCGAAUUCCCUAUACGCCUCGCGGCGUCUGCGAGAAGCGAGGAUAGCGGAGCACCUCACGCACCACGUGAAGCAGGAGCCCGAAGCUGGCUGUGAUAACGUAAUGCAGCCGCAAGGCAGCCCAUACUUUCCCAGCAAUGGGCACAAUAACGUCACUGGCGGCUACUACGGCGAGGCGCGGCCCGGGCCCGAGCUGCUGAUCGCCAAGCAGAACGCGCUCGCCGCGCACACGCAACUCUGGCAGAACACAAUGAAAAGACCGUUCUUCUACAGCGAGAGUCCGCACUACAACAGCCCACACUUACUGCAGCGGUAUGAGGAUAUUUCUAGGAUCCUGCAGUGACGAGAGACAUUCCAAAGGUGAAAUUGAUAUAUAAAUAUAUAUAUUUAGCAAUAAACUAAAUCUUCUAAAUGACAAAAUCUCUGGACAGUCAUAUUUUUAUUUUAUAUUGAUAUAAAAAAUAUUUUUAUUGAUAAAAAAUCGAUCAACCUCUG